AUGCUCACCCACCCGGCGUCUUACGUGAACUUACUCGAGCUAUAUAAUGAUCCUGCUGGGGUGAGCGUAGGGUCGCUGGUGCCGAUUCGGAAGGCGGCUGGACGCCAGCGGGUGGCUGGCCCACGACAGGCGGCUGUGAGACAGCAGGUAGCUGGGCCACACAAGGCUGGGGAACAUCGGAUGACAGAGCCACAGGGCAAGAACCAAGCUGCUGAAGACGCAGCAACUCCAGCUGACCUUGCAGCUGAGCGACUUGACGAUCUAGAUCAGAACUCGGUUUUAAACCGCUUUAGACGCGUUGAAACAGUCCACCCGUCGGUGCGUCUCCUCCAGAUCCUGCCAAGCAACCAACCGAAACGUUCGAGUCGUGCACGAAUUCGUUCAGGGAACCAACGCGCUGUUCCAGCGCAAAACCCCGAGGAAAUUGUCUUUUUCUGA